CCCCUUUCUUUCGUCAAAGGCGUAUGGUCUUGUUUUUUCUGACUCUUGCGUCUGCUUAAACUCUCUUUCUUUUUUUUUUUCAAUUCAACUCAAUUCAACUCAAUUCAACUCAAUUCAACUCAAUUCAACUCAGCUCAGCUCAACUCAACCGCAGCUCGCUUUACUUUUUACAGCCCAACAACACACAAAUGGCCCCUAAAAAGCGGCGCCACGCACACCAGCACACAAAGCCAUACCGCGGCUCACCCGCCGCCACCCGGCGCAGCCCCAAUCUCAGCAUCAAGAACACCGCGCCCCCCUCGCCCUCACCACCGCUCGCACCCCUGCCCGCACCCAAACCCUCUUCCAAUCCCCCCACCACCACCCUGCACUGGUGCCAAACACCGGGCCAAACCACCAAAGUGCAAUUCCUCGGGCCCCUCUCCCCCACGGCCCACCAGGGAAUUCUGCAGACCGCCUCCACGGCGUCCUCGCGGUCCAUCCUGGUCCAGGGCAUCUGCCCAUUCCACAUUGUUGCGCGCCACCACAGCCCGGACGGGUCCACGGACCGCCGCGGAUGCAGCACCCACGUGCACGAAACCUCCACGCAUACGAUUGGAACAGAAAUGACCGCUGACCCAAGACAACUGGCGCUAGUCACAGCGCCGCUGCCAAUGGAUGUUCUGCUCAGGUGUCCGGAGCUGCGCCCAAUCAGUCUGUACUAUUACAUGGACCGCGUGUUUAAAUGCACGUAUGCGCAAAAGUACCGCUCGCUGGUGGGUGGCAGUGGGGAGCCCGUGGGGGUAGCGGAUGUGCCGCCGGCGCAGUACCACCCAAGCCCUUGGUGCUGGCGCCACCUGCAGAUGCGCGCCAUGGAACCCCAGUGGAUGCGCGACCCCGCACAACUGUUUUCGCUCGAUACUUGGUCCAGCAUUAUGGGCGCUGAUCUUCUGUUUUAUAAGCGUGGGCUUUCCGUGCCUGUGCCCGCGGACCGCCGGUUUUCCGCACCGGAUGCUUCCCCAGUGGCAUUUGCCUUUGCAACACAGUUUCAGCGCAGAAUAAUGCGCCGCCAGGCAUUGCGGCAUAUGGGUGGUGCGCCGUGGUAUUUGGACGCGACGUUUGCGUUUAAACAAGAUGGGUUCCAAUUAUGGUCCUUGUUCUGCGAAGUUAAGGGGAGAACCGUGCCGUUGUCAUUUUUGGUCACGACGGCGGUGACUGUGAGACUACUGGUGGAUUGGCUUUUGGAACUCACUGCUGUGCUGGGAAACGUAUUGCCGAGCCACACGCUGUUUGUUAAUUCCUUAAGGCUGUGUGAGGGGCUAAGGGAUGUAUUUGACUCAUGGGACAUUAGAUACGCCAAAUACUAUGUCGUUCAGGAUCUGCGAUACUGCCUGCGCCAGCAGCUGGAAAACGAAGACGAAUACGAAUAUGAAGAGGGGGAGGUUGGUGGGUGGGUGUUUUCGGAGCUUAUACGUCGGGCAGUUUCCGGUCUGCGGUCGGAUUUCCGGGAGAAUAUCUUGGUAGUCAGGCAGGCAUUACCACUCACCUCGUACAUUCGGUAUAUCUGGGACCAACGCUCCUUGUGGGAGCCACGUGGGGAAAGAGAAUGGCGCAGCUUUGAUUAUUCUUUGGAUGCUGUGGGUCGCUGGAGAUACCUUUUGUGGAUGAGUCUUUUGCCCAGACCCAGAGUCAACCGCGUUGACUCUGUAGUGUAUUUUUUGAACGAGAUGAUUAACGGUAUACGCGACUCCAUGCAAGACACAGGUGGGGGCCAAGGUGAGAAAGGGGAAAUUGGAGACACACAGGCGGACGUGGAGAUGGAAGGGGAGGGUGAGGAAAUGGUGCCCUUUUGCUUGGACUCCUUGGAAAUGGGUAACCAUCGGCUGGGCGGUAAUUUGCGUGCAUCUAUUGUUAAGAAACUCGGCAACCAGUUGUUCUGCUUUGUGUCGACCGAUAGAGAACUUGUAGAUAAGGUUAUUGUGGAUUUGGAUAUGCGCGUGUGCUUUUGCGAAAAAUUCGCACACAGUCAGGUUUGUGAUCAUCUGAUAUACUGCUCCCAGGAUCAGAUACACCACCCAAUACUGCCCAAGCUAAUGAGUGAACUCCCCAAAGCCUAAAUUAAGUGAUAGAAAGCAUUAAAUAUUAAAUAAUAUGUUAAUCCCGAGGGGAUUUGUAAACAAAGAAAUCAAGCCAUGGUUGUGUUAGACUUUUGUGCGACG